GUAUCUCCCCCCCCCUUCCAGCUAGUUAAGGAAUAUUGGAGUAUUGCUGUUAUAUUGUAGCUGCUCUUUGGAAACGCCAGUUGUCUUAGGGAGCCAAAAUUGGGUUAUCCUUGUGGUUGAACAUAAUUUGACUUGUUGACUUUGGGAUUUACAUCAUCAUGGCAACAGCAUUCAACACUGAUGGAGCUGAGGUGAUUCAGCGGACAUUGAAUUCUACAGAAGUGGGUAGUCGUCCCCCAGUUUUGGGGAUAGAGGAAUUUUAUGAACUGGAGAAAGCAGCUGCUUUUGUAUCUGACAAUGGCUUCACCAAGAUUGCUCUUCAGUUUCCUGAUAAACUUUUGCCAGAUUCAGCAGAUGUUGCUGCAAGGAUGGAAAAAGCAACUGGUGCCAAGAUAUAUGUCCUGGGAGACACAUCAUAUGGCAGCUGUUGUGUAGAUGAAGUGGCAGCAGAGCAUGUCAGUGCAGAGGCUAUAGUGCACUAUGGCCCUGCCUGCUUGAGUCCUUGCCGCAAAUUGCCAGUAUUACACAUAUUUGGCCAGGAACAGCUAGAUGCGAUGCGAUGUGUGGAAGUCUUCCAGGAGUUGUACCCUGACCAUCAAACCUAUGUGGUUGUACUGAGUGAAUCUGCAUAUUUUCAUGCCAUUGAUGACCUGGCCUCUAAGCUGCAACCGAUUUAUCCCAAUGUGGUUUUUGCUCAGUUGGAUAGCAAAAAAAAUCUUGAUUCAAGCCAGCCGAUUUCUGGAAUGAUCCAGCAGUUUGGACGGCGUUUUGUAAUAGACGAAGAUCAUGGUCUUGAAAACUACAGUAUGUUCUACAUAGGUUCUGAAGGAGCAGAACUUACAAACUUCAUGCUGAGUUGGAACCAGUGUCCCUUUAGUUCUUUUGAUCCUAGGACAGGGCAAGGCCGAUGCGAAACCCUGGAUGUGAACCGGGCUCUGCGGCGACGCCUUUAUCUAGUGGAACGGACACGAGAUGCUCAAGUCGUGGGUAUUGUGGUGGGUACUCUUGGAGUAGAAGAUUACUUGUCUGUUCUGGAGCAUCUUCGCCAAAUCAUUCACCGUGCUGGAAAACGUGCCUACACGCUGGCUGUGGGUAAACCUAAUCCUGCAAAACUGGCGAACUUUCCAGAGGUGGAUAUCUUUGUUUUGGUAGCUUGCCCACAGAAUUCCUUGCUUAACUCCACUGAUUUCUAUCGACCCCUGAUCACGCCCUACGAGCUGGAAAUAGCAUGCAAUCCAGCACGGACUUGGACAGGCCGCUAUGUUACCGAUUUUCGCCACCUUCUACCAGGAGCUUGCGACCAUGUCGUUUUCCCAGAAAAGACCAACAUUGAACCUAGCAUUUCACUGAUCACUGGACAGCUGCGCUCAAUUGAUCCCUCCCUGAUAGAUGCAGAGCCAAAUUCUGACACAACUGUGAUGUGCCGCAACCAUGUACAGACUGUGUCUCAAAUUAGCCCAGCAGCCUCAUUCUUGGAGUCCCGCAGCUGGCGGGGACUGGAACAACAGCUGGGCCAAACAGAAGUAAAAAAAGCUAUUGUGGGACGACGGGGAAUUGCCAUUGCCUAUGAAGAUGAGCCUUGUGGAUGAUCAACCCUGAAGAUAAAAGACAUUGGCCAGAUAACAAAUUGCAUUCUUUGCUGGAUUUGGAUGGGUUAAUGGAACAUGAGUCUUUUUGAACUGGUUGACAAUCUUAUUUGUACAGGGCAUAAGUGGGCAGAGUUAGUAUUUCUUGCAGUAUGUUGAUGGACAGCUCAACAGAUUAAGUAGAGUGCUAUAUUAUUUUAUCAGAGGAAUAAUUUUUUUUUAAAGUGUUGAUCUCUGCUGAAAAAAAUGUUUAUUCAAUGAGAAGAUAAAUGUUAAUCCACACUAGUAUAUAGCCAAUUUAUAAAUAUCCAUGUUGUUUAAAGUAGUCCUCCGUUGUCAUUUCUGUUGACAAGUGAGUUAGACUAUGCUGAACAGUAGGGUGAGCAUUAUUGAUCACAAG